AUGAGUGUGUAUUCUUUAAGUCCACGAAGCUAAGUUGAAUUGAAACUGUUCUAAUAGCUCUCUCCUCACUUUAAUGAUCCGUCUUUACAAAAUUUAACAUUAGAUCACUGUAUGAUAAGUUUUAUGAAUUUAGAACAAUGCUAAGAUAACUUUAAACCAUUUCAGAAAUUACCUGUUCUUUAGAAACAAGAGCAGAUAAAAAAUUAAUGCAAUGAGAAAAUAACUUAUGAUAAUCCAAUCGAAGACUAGAUUGAGCUUCCUAAAUCAUAAGUAUGUUCGUAAAAAGUGUCAAAAAAUAUUUUCCAUCUCAUAAAGAUAAAUAAUCUGGUAAAAAGAUUUAAAAACAUUUUGCUCUCUAGAAGCUAUAUAUUAUCUUAGAGUUAAAAAGAAUAAAUCAAAGGUAAUCUCAUAUUGCAGGAAAAAUAUAUUUAAGACAAAAAAAAUAUUUCAUAGAAUCUCGUCUCAUUUGUUAUCGAUCCAACUAAUAGAUUCAUCAUUUUAUGGGAUAUAAUUAUGUUUUUUGUAAUUUUAAGCUUAAUUAUAUUAAUACCAUUUUUUUGGAGUUUUGAUCAAUCCUAUCCUAUACUAAAAAUAGAAGAAAUGUCAUUGUUCAUGAUAUUUUUUUUGAUUGACAUAAUACUCAAACUUAACAUAGCAAUUAUAAAAAAAGGAAAUGUAUUAAAUUCUUUAUAAUUUCAAGAUCAUUAAAACCAGAAUAUAUAUAUUAAAAAAAUAUUUGAAAACUUCCUUUAUUUUAGAUACUACUUACCUUUUUCUAGUUUAUUAUACUAUGAAAAUAGAAAGCACACUUAUAUUUAUAUCAUUUUGUGCGUUAAGCUUAAUAAAACUUUAAAAAGUAAUUGGUAAAAUAGUUAAAUUAUUAAAUUUAUCAGAAAUUCAAAGAGAAAUCAUUAGCUUAAUCAACCUUGUAAUAACAAUUAACCUUAUUGCUCAUUUUAUGGCAUGCAUUUGGCACUACAUAGGAAUGACUACCAUGGAAUAUGAGAAAAAUAGUUGGAUUCUUGAUAAAAAUUUACAAGAUGAUACAAAAUAAAUUCGAUACAUUUUCUCUUAUUAUUGGGCUAUUGUUACAAUGAUUACUGUUGGAUACGGAGACAUAACUCCUUAAAAUCAUGUGGAGGCUUUUAGUUGUAUAUUUCUUAUGCUUCUAUCAUGUGCAGUCUUUACAUUCUCUCUCAAUUAAGUGGGAACUAUAGUGCAAAACAUUAACAAACAAAAAAGACAAUUUUAGUAAUAAACAUUGAAAUUAAUUUAGAGAAAUGAUGAGAAUUUUGACUUGUUACAUGCAAUAACACUCAGUUCCAGAUCAGCUAUAAAGUAGAGCAAGAAGUUACUUAGAAUACCGAUGCAUCAAAAGAAAUCAGCAAUCAAAAUAUCAUGUAAUAAACUUUAGACUAAACUUAGUUGUAAAGUAUUCUUGAAUAACUCUCAUCAUUUUUAUAGUAAGAAUUGAUGCUUAAUGUUUUUAAAAACUUACUUCAGGAUUGCAAAAUCGUAUUGCAUAAUUUUAGUGAAGACACAAUAAAGAAAAUGUCAAAUUCACUCUAAACUGUGUAUUACUGUCCUGAUGAAUAUAUCUAUCAUCAAAAUUAGAUGGACGAUAAUUAUUUAUAUUUUUUGGAUUAUGGCAAGGUUGAGAUCUAUGAAUAGAACUCUUAAUAGAAAGUAACAGAACUCUAAAAAGGAAAAUACUUUGGAGAGGAAUCCUUUUUUACCUAAUAACCUCGUAAGUUUUCAGUUAUUAGUCGAAGUUUUACAAAAGUAUUUAGGAUCUCUUAAUCUACUUUUCUCAACUAACUUAAUAGGGAAGAGAAUGAAGUGUAUCAUUAAAUCAGACACUUAUUCCAAUUUAAUGCUUACAUUAUUGGUCAAAAAUGUUAAAUUUGUUCUUAGUCUGGUCAUUAAAUAGACAAUUGUAAGUUGCUUAAUUAUAAACCUGAUAUUGAAAAGUUGAUUCUAAAGGAUAAUCUAAAAAUAUAGAAUAGACAAAAAAAGAAAAGAUGUGAUAAAAGGUCUUGUAAAGCACUUCAAAUUCAUAAUGUAUUUUAUUCAUAAAUUUAAUAAGUAAUUGAAAUUAGUGCAAAAAGCAAUAGAACAAAAUUAAGGAUAGGAGGAUAUCCAAUUUGAUGAUGAAGAAAAUAUAUCUUUAAAUCCUUAAGAUCUAGAAUUAAAUACAAAUAAUGGCUCUCCUGCUUCUAAACGAAAAGAGAGUUACCCUAAAUAAAGUGAACCGUCUCUUAAAGCAGAUAUCAAAAUUUCUCAUGAUUCAAACAAGAGAAUUUAGUUUUAAAAAUCUGAUGGAAUUAAUAAGAGCAAAUAAUUUUAGACUUCCUAAUAAUUAAGAUAAUUUAGCGACACUGAAAUAAAGUUAUUUGGUGGAGCUGCUGAAAAUAGGACAUAAGGAGGUCAAAAUUCUAUUUCUUGCAAUUUUUAAAUUAUAGGAUUUGAAAAAGCUAUGGAAUUCAAAAAGUUUUUCCCUUAAUUUAACCUGCAUGUUUUGAUUACUGAAUACAAUAAAAAAGUAAAAAUCUUAAAUAAAACUUCUAAAAGUAUUUAUUAGCUUUUUAAUCAUUCAAUAAAAAAAAGAACAUCAGUAAGAAAAGCCAGAAGCUCAAAAUAUAUUUAAUUGCACUGA